AUGGCACCCUCUAUCCAUCCUCUGAUUGAUAAUGGCAUCACACAAGGCUCCAAUAGCUUCUCCGGGGGAAAGCUCCACUGCCACUGCGCCUCCGAUCAGGUCGAGGUUACACUGAACAGCAACGUUGCUCACAACCACGCCUGUGGCUGCUCCAAGUGUUGGAAGCCAUCUGGUUCUCUCUUCUCCAUUGUUGGCGUUGUACCCCGUCACGCUGUCUCGGUGACAGCGAAUGCAUCAAAGCUUUCGGUUGUGGACAAAGAGGCUACCAUCCAGCGCAAUGCCUGCAAGGACUGCGGUGUGCACCUCUUCGGGCGUAUCGAGAGGGACCAUCCUUUCAAGGGUCUUGACUUUGUCCACGUGGAGUUGUCCGAUGAAAAGGGCUGGCAGGAACCGCAAUUUGCUGGUUUCGUCUCAUCGAUCAUUGAACAGGGUUCACACCCCGAAGAAAUGGAUGAAGUGAGAGCCAGAUUUAAGGCAGUGGGCUUGCAGACAUACGACGUGCUGUCCCCAGUGCUGAUGGACCUGAUCUCCACUUUUACGGCUCAGAAGUCCGGCAUCAGAUUUGCCAAUUUGUGA